AUGGUUUUCCGGUCGUGUGUUGUUACGGUGGGCCUGUACUCGAGAGCUAGGGUUCCUAGUUUACUCUCUUCUCUUUUCUUCUAUCCAAGUUCCAAUAAUGCACUAACCAAUUCACUACCAACGGUAACAACGGCCAGCCGAGUUUCCAGAUACAACGAUCUAUACAGGAAGAGCACGGUAGAAGCGGAGAGGGGUUUGGUUCUUUCAUAUGCAGUAACUGGCCGAAGAAAGAUCCAUACAGUACAGGAAGGUGAGAAGAAGAUAGAACGGUGGAAGAAAAUAGAAGAAACUCGUCCGAUUGAUGAAUUGAUGUUGGACUCGGUUGUAGAGGUAUCCUCUACCUCUACCCUGUACAGCAAAUCCAAACCUUGGGAGACUCUAAAGGAAAAAUCAUCCAGGGGCUCUGGAUUUGCAAUCGCGGAAAAGAAAAUUCUUACGAACGCUCAUGUGGUGAUGGCAAUGAAUGAUCACACAUUUGUGAACGUCAAAAGACAUGGCUCUCCAAUCAAAUACAAAGCAAAAGUUCAAAAGAUUUCACAUGAAUGUGAUUUGGCUAUCUUGGAGAUCGAUAGCGACAAGUUUUGGGAUGGUAUAGAUCCCUUGGAGCUCGGAGAUAUACCGCCACUCGAAGAAGUUGUGUCUGUUGUUGGUGGUGAAAAUAUCUGCGUUACAAAAGGUCUCGUACUUAGAGUUGAAACUAAAAAAUACAAUCACAGUGGCAAGGAUCUGCUAUCAAUACAAAUUGAUGCAAGUAUCGACCAUGGAAAUACUGGUGGCCCGGUAAUUAUGGGAAACAAAGUCGUUGGUGUAGCAUAUGGAUUUUACCCUACAAAGAACUCAGGUUUUGUGAUCCCAACUCCAAUAGUUAAGCAUUUUAUAACUGGUGUUCAAGAAAGCAGACAAUAUUCUGGUUUCGGCUCAUUGGAUCUAUCAUAUCAAUCUCUUGAAAAUGUUCACAUCCGUAAUCAUUUUAAGAUGAGUCCUGAAAUGACAGGAAUUCUUAUAAACAAAGUAUAUUCGUCGUCGGGGGCACACAAGAUUUUGAGAAAAUAUGACAUCAUUCUUGCAAUUGAUGGUGUUCCGAUAGGAAAUGAUGAGAAAGUUCCUUUCCAAAACAAAAAUCGGAUAAAUUUCUCCCACUUGGUUUCUUUAAAGAAACCAGGUGAAAAAGCCUUAGUUAAAGUUUUACGAAAGGGAAAAGAGCAUGAGUACAAUAUCACUCUUAAACCGGUUAAACCAAACGUUAAAGUGCAACAAUUUUAUAAUCUUCCAAGUUAUUACAUAUUUGGGGGUUUCGUUUUUGUGCCUCUCACUAAAGCAUAUAGUGAUAAUUUGAGCCUUAGUGGUUGCAAAUGUGCAUUAUAUAAUACGUACAGAAAGGCUGGUGAACAUCAACUAGUCAUAAUUUCCAAGAUAUUAGAAGAUGACAUCAACAAAGGAUAUGAAAGUUUAGAUGAUUUGCAGGUGAAGAAAGUGAACAGCGUGAAAGUUAAGAAUUUGAAGCACCUAUGCGAGCUAAUAGAGAAAUGUAGCACCAAAGAUUUGAGGCUGGUCUUAGAAGAUAAUAAGGUUAUGGUCCUCAACACUGAAUCUGCUAAAAAGGCAACGUUGAAGAUCAUGGAACGUCACAAAAUAAAGUCGGUCAUAUCUAAGGACAUUUGUCUUCCUAUGUUGCUUGAUGAUCCGUUCAAAGACAAUAGGAUCAACCUUCUUCCUUGGAGUAUUCUAAAAACAGUUACUAAUAUAUAAUUACG